AUGCGUGUAUUUUUCAUUCUCAUAUUUUUAUUCACGAUUUUUAUCGGCACAACUGAUUGUGAGACUAAAGUAGCGUAUUCUUACGGAUGGGUAGGUCUUAAAUCCUCUUCUUGAUAAUUUCGGAAUCAACUGUAUUCAGAUCGGUGAUAACGUGGACCUUGAGCUCGGGAAAAGUGCUCAAUAUCGUAGACUAAUCGGAAAAGUCAAGCAGGUCUAUAGAGUUUGCAACGGGAAAAAUGCAGCGAAAUGUGGAUAUUGGGAAAAUAUAAAGACUAAAAAGAAGGUCGCGAAUGCUUCCAAAACCACAUUCAACUCGACUGGCAACAUUUUAACAAUUAAGAAGGUUACUUUGAAAGACGCUGGAACUUAUUGGACAAACGAUGUGAAUGAUGUUACUUAUCUGAUGGUUUCAGAACCUGGAUUACUAGGGAAAUAA